ACAUUCUUCCGCGCCGGAAGAAAGCGUCGCGUCGCGCCUCGCCUCGCCCAGUCGGCUUCGCUCUAUCCGUACCUUAGUAAAGGAGAGCUUGUGCCCUUCCCCGACCCCUUACCAAGGGCGAGCUGCGUGGAGUCGUUGGACUGGGCAGAACUUUGGCAGGCAAGGAGAGAAACAGCCACACUGGGCUGCCGGGGAAGAGAAGAAUAAGGAAAGGCCAGACACACAGGCGUCGUGCCGCUGCGGAAGGAUUCCGUUUCCUUCAGGGGGCGGAGGGAUUUGACAGCACGGUAACUUCCGGAAAAGUCCUGAACCUCUGAGGAAAAAGCCUUGCAAGAAACAAUAACAAACGGGAGGAGGAAGCGAUUCUGGGGUUUCUGUGUUGAACGGUUCUUGUCUGCGAAGAUGCGCUUCGGCCCCAGUCAGGGGACGUAAACGGACUCAGUGGGCUUCAGCCAGCUUUUCUCCACCGGUUCCCCACGGGGACCCCCCUCCCCGGCCGUUGCAAUGGCGGGCGUGGGGCCGGGGGGCUACGCGGCGGAGUUCGUGCCACCCCCAGAGUGCCCAGUCUUUGAGCCGAGCUGGGAGGAGUUCACAGAUCCGCUCAGCUUUAUCGGCCGCAUCCGGCCUUUGGCGGAGAAAACCGGCAUCUGCAAAAUUCGGCCGCCCAAGGACUGGCAGCCUCCAUUCGCCUGUGAAGUAAAAAGCUUUCGUUUCACUCCAAGAGUCCAGCGCCUGAAUGAACUUGAAGCAAUGACCAGAGUAAGAUUGGAUUUCUUGGAUCAACUAGCAAAAUUUUGGGAACUUCAAGGAUCUACUCUGAAGAUCCCUGUGGUAGAGAGAAAAAUCCUGGAUCUGUAUGCUUUGAGCAAGAUUGUUGCCAGCAAAGGAGGUUUUGAAAUGGUCACCAAAGAGAAGAAAUGGUCUAAAGUGGGUAGUCGCUUGGGAUAUCUGCCAGGAAAAGGAACUGGGUCUCUUUUGAAGUCACAUUAUGAAAGAAUUCUCUACCCAUAUGAGCUUUUCCAGUCUGGUGUGAGCCUUAUGGGUGUGCAGAUGCCUAAUUUAGAUCUUAAAGAAAAAGUGGAGCCUGAGGUUCUCAGCACUGAUACCCAAACUUCCCCAGAGCCAGGCACAAGAAUGAACAUUCUGCCGAAGAGAACAAGACGUGUGAAGUCUCAGUCAGAAUCUGGAGAUGUGAGUAGAAACACGGAACUGAAGAAACUUCAGAUUUUUGGGGCUGGGCCCAAGGUUGUGGGCCUGGCAAUGGGAACAAAAGAUAAAGAAGAUGAGGUCACCAGAAGACGAAAAGUUACCAACAGGUCAGACGCAUUUAACAUGCAAAUGAGACAACGGAAAGGCACUCUCUCUGUUAACUUUGUUGAUCUCUAUGUUUGUAUGUUUUGUGGUCGGGGAAACAAUGAAGAUAAAUUGCUUUUGUGUGAUGGAUGUGAUGACAGCUAUCAUACAUUUUGUCUAAUUCCUCCACUACCUGAUGUGCCCAAAGGAGACUGGAGGUGUCCUAAAUGUGUCGCUGAGGAAUGUAGCAAACCUCGAGAAGCCUUUGGAUUUGAACAAGCUGUACGAGAGUAUACACUUCAGAGCUUUGGAGAGAUGGCAGAUAAUUUUAAGUCUGAUUAUUUUAAUAUGCCAGUCCAUAUGGUUCCCACAGAAUUAGUAGAAAAGGAAUUUUGGCGGCUGGUAAGCAGCAUUGAAGAAGAUGUUAUUGUGGAAUAUGGAGCAGAUAUCUCCUCAAAAGACUUUGGAAGUGGAUUUCCAGUGAAGGAUGGGCGGAGAAAGAUGCUGCCAGAAGAAGAGGAAUAUGCACUUUCUGGUUGGAAUUUGAAUAACAUGCCUGUCCUGGAACAGUCUGUUCUUGCACAUAUUAAUGUGGACAUCUCUGGUAUGAAAGUGCCAUGGCUCUAUGUGGGAAUGUGUUUCUCUUCUUUUUGCUGGCACAUUGAAGAUCACUGGAGUUAUUCCAUCAACUACUUGCACUGGGGGGAGCCAAAGACAUGGUAUGGUGUGCCAUCUCAUGCUGCAGAACAACUGGAGGAGGUGAUGAGAGAGCUAGCCCCUGAAUUAUUUGAAUCCCAGCCUGAUCUUCUGCAUCAGUUAGUCACCAUCAUGAACCCCAAUGUGCUAAUGGAGCAUGGUGUGCCUGUGUACAGGACCAAUCAGUGUGCUGGCGAGUUUGUUGUGACAUUUCCUCGUGCCUAUCACUCUGGAUUUAACCAGGGCUACAACUUUGCUGAAGCUGUGAACUUCUGUACUGCUGACUGGUUGCCCAUUGGACGUCAAUGUGUAAAUCAUUACCGACGCCUAAGGCGCCAUUGUGUCUUUUCACACGAGGAACUCAUUUUCAAGAUGGCAGCAGAUCCAGAAUGCUUAGAUGUGGGGCUGGCUGCCAUGGUCUGCAAAGAAUUGACUCUCAUGACUGAAGAAGAAACACGAUUAAGAGAGUCUGUUGUACAGAUGGGUGUCCUGAUGUCAGAAGAAGAAGUGUUUGAACUUGUUCCUGAUGAUGAGCGGCAGUGUUCAGCAUGCAGAACCACGUGUUUUCUCUCUGCUCUCACAUGUUCCUGUAAUCCUGAGCGGCUUGUAUGUCUCCACCAUCCAACUGAUCUGUGCCCCUGCCCCAUGCAGAAGAAAUGUCUUAGGUAUCGCUACCCUUUAGAAGACCUCCCUUCUCUGCUAUAUGGUGUAAAAGUCAGGGCACAGUCCUAUGACACUUGGGUCAGUCGUGUUACAGAAGCAUUGUCUGCUAACUUCAACCACAAAAAAGAUUUGAUUGAAUUGCGAGUAAUGCUGGAAGAUGCUGAGGAUAGGAAAUACCCAGAGAAUGAUCUCUUUCGAAAACUCAGGGAUGCUGUAAAAGAAGCUGAGACCUGUGCUUCUGUGGCUCAGCUGCUUCUGAGCAAAAAGCAGAAACACAGACAGAGCCCAGAUAGUGGGAGGACUCGGACCAAACUGACAGUGGAAGAAUUGAAGGCCUUUGUCCAACAACUUUUUAGUCUUCCGUGUGUCAUCAGCCAAGCUCGGCAAGUGAAGAAUCUGCUAGAUGAUGUGGAAGAGUUUCAUGAACGUGCUCAGGAGGCCAUGAUGGAUGAAACCCCAGAUUCUUCCAAACUCCAGAUGUUGAUAGAUAUGGGCUCUAGUCUCUAUGUGGAACUCCCUGAAUUACCACGACUGAAGCAAGAGCUACAACAGGCUCGGUGGUUGGACGAAGUAAGACUGACCUUAUCAGAUCCACAACAAGUCACUUUGGAUGUCAUGAAGAAACUGAUAGACUCUGGGGUAGGGUUGGCACCCCACCAUGCUGUGGAGAAAGCAAUGGCUGAACUACAGGAGCUCCUUACAGUCUCUGAACGAUGGGAAGAAAAGGCUAAGGUCUGCCUACAGGCAAGACCACGGCACAGUGUGGCAAGUUUAGAAAGCGUUGUGAAUGAAGCCAAGAACAUUCCAGCCUUUCUACCCAAUGUGUUGUCCUUGAAAGAAGCCUUACAAAAGGCUCGAGAAUGGACAGCUAAAGUGGAAGCUAUUCAGAGUGGCAGCAAUUACGCUUAUUUGGAGCAGCUUGAGAGCUUGUCUGCGAAAGGACGCCCUAUCCCUGUGCGGCUUGAAGCACUGCCGCAAGUGGAAUCACAGGUAGCAGCAGCACGAGCAUGGAGAGAACGGACUGGGCGUACCUUUCUUAAGAAGAAUUCUAGCCAUACGUUGUUACAGGUGCUGAGCCCCCGGACUGACAUUGGUGUAUAUGGGAGUGGCAAAAAUAGGAGGAAAAAAGUAAAAGAACUAAUAGAAAAAGAAAAAGAAAAGGAUCUGGACCUGGAGCCUCUGAGUGAUCUGGAGGAAGGAUUAGAGGAAACCAGAGAUACAGCCAUGGUGGUGGCAGUUUUCAAAGAACGGGAGCAAAAAGAGAUUGAAGCCAUGCAUUCUCUCAGAGCAGCCAACCUAGCCAAGAUGACAAUGGUGGACCGCAUAGAAGAAGUAAAAUUUUGCAUUUGCCGCAAGACAGCCAGUGGGUUUAUGCUACAGUGUGAGCUCUGCAAAGACUGGUUCCAUAACAGCUGUGUUCCUCUUCCUAAAUCAAGUUCCCAAAAAAAAGGAUCCAGCUGGCAAGCUAAAGAAGUAAAAUUCCUUUGCCCUCUUUGUAUGCGGUCUCGAAGGCCCAGGCUAGAGACUAUUCUGUCACUCCUGGUAUCCCUUCAGAAGUUGCCCGUGCGGUUGCCUGAAGGAGAGGCCCUACAGUGUUUGACAGAACGUGCUAUGAGUUGGCAAGAUAGAGCACGGCAGGCUCUAGCCACAGAUGAACUAUCCUCUGCCCUGGCCAAACUAUCUGUGUUGAGCCAGCGUAUGGUGGAACAGGCAGCUCGAGAAAAAACUGAAAAGAUCAUCAGUGCAGAACUCCAAAAAGCAGCUGCCAAUCCAGACUUACAGGGACACUUACCUAGUUUCCAGCAGUCUGCUUUUAACCGGAUGGUGAGCAGUGUGUCAUCUUCUCCUCGACAAACAAUGGACUAUGAUGACGAAGAAACAGACUCUGAUGAAGACAUUCGAGAGACAUAUGGCUACGACAUGAAGGACACAGCCAGUGUGAAGUCCUCUAGUAGUCUUGAACCCAAUCUUUUUUGUGAUGAAGAGAUUCCCAUCAAAUCUGAGGAGGUAGUGACCCACAUGUGGACAGCACCUUCAUUUUGUGCAGAGCAUGCUUAUUCUUCUGCUUCUAAGAGUUGUUCUCAAGGCUCUAGCACCCCAAGGAAACAACCUCGGAAGAGCCCUUUGGUGCCCCGAAGUUUGGAACCUCCAGUGCUGGAGUUGUCACCUGGAGCUAAGGCACAACUGGAAGAACUUAUGAUGGUUGGAGAUCUCCUGGAAGUAUCUCUGGACGAAACUCAACACAUAUGGCGGAUUUUGCAGGCCACACAUCCACCCUCUGAAGACAGAUUCUUGCAUAUCAUGGAGGAUGACAGCAUGGAAGAGAAACCAUUAAAAGUGAAAGGAAAAGACUCUUCAGAGAAGAAACGGAAACGGAAGCUAGAAAAGGUAGAGCAGCUUUUUGGAGAAGGAAAACAGAAGUCCAAGGAGUUAAAGAAAAUGGACAAACCUAAAAAGAAGAAAUUAAAAUUAAGUGCAGACAAAUCAAAGGAGCUGAAUAAACUGGCCAAGAAACUAGCAAAAGAAGAAGAGAGAAAGAAAAAGAAGGAGAAGGCUGCUGCAGCCAAAGUUGAACUUGUGAAAGAGAGCACUGAAAAGAAAAGAGAGAAAAAGGUGCUGGACAUCCCCUCAAAGUAUGACUGGUCAGGAGCAGAGGAGUCUGAUGAUGAGAAUGCUGUAUGCGCAGCACAGAACUGCCAAAGGCCCUGUAAGGACAAGGUAGACUGGGUACAAUGUGAUGGUGGCUGUGAUGAGUGGUUUCAUCAAGUUUGUGUGGGUGUAUCUCCAGAAAUGGCUGAAAAUGAAGAUUACAUCUGUAUAAACUGUGCAAAGAAGCAGGGGCCAGUUAGCCCAGGUCCAGCACCACCUCCUUCCUUCAUAAUGAGCUACAAACUACCAAUGGAGGAUCUUAAAGAGACCAGUUAGCAGAUGUUUGGUUAGUUUGGGACAUGGGGGGACAUGGACCACAUUGAGACCUUAGUCAUCAAGUAGAGUGGUUUAUAUCCGCUUGGAAGGUUGCUUCCAAAGAUGAAUGGCCUUCAGAGAAAGUCCUCUUAGUGCUGGCUUCCUCUUUGCAUGGACUCUGUGGGUUACAUUCUCUAUCAACAUAUCUAUGCAGAGGGUGUCUUCUUUGGUACAACAGCCAAUAUUUCAUGUCUCCUUUGAGUGUGGUUUACUGCAUUAAGGCCAGAUGCUUGAUUGAGCUCUAGGGUGGCUGGUUAGUAUUAAUACAUUGGUGUGCUAACAGGGCAUAUAGGAUGUGGCUUUUGUCCAGCUGAUAGUAGUUAGAGGCUUACAACUUAGGAGCAGCACCAACUGAAGGUGCUAAUUGCUUGGAUCUCCUUCAUUAGAAUAGUUGGAGAGGGAUUGGAGUACCACUUUCCUUCCACUGUUACCUGGUACUUAAAUGCCCUAAAGAUAAAACUAGGAGUAACAGGGCCAAAGUUAUUUCUGUUAGACGUCAAGGAAUGGUAUCACAGUCUAUUGACCUCAGCAAUUUGUGCUUGUUUGUGCUAGAAGAACACCCUAAAUAGGAGAACCUCUCACCAGCUGGGGCAGGUCACCUUAUCUUUGUAAGGGUGAGGAUGUCAUCUAGAGCAGAAAUCUGACUAGAUUGGAUUCUGGGGAGAAGAACCUAUACAAGGCAAGGAGCCGUUUUUUGGCUUUGAAAAGUCUUGCUGUCUUGGGUCUACAUUUUAGGGAAGAGCAGGUACAUGGAUCCAGGCUUCCGCCAAAAAAAAAGAGAAGAAGAUGACGAUGAUGACCAGUCAUACUAUCUUACUGAGCCACAGUGAUGCAUGCUUUUCCGGGAAAACUUCAUUCACAAGUAUUCCAGACACCAGGCUUCAGGCAUGGCCAUGAGCAAGACCAGCAAAUAACAGCUUUUUGCCUUGCAGCCCUGACCCCAAUGUCUGCUGUUUCCAACACCGGCAAUUUCUAACUACGGCCCACAGCAGAUGCUGUUGAAUAACACCAUGGCUUCAUCAGAGGAUGUGGGGUUGUAGUACCUCUGGGUGAUGAAGUUGUUUUAGUAAAUCCAUUUUUUUUAAAAAAAAAAAAAGACUUGUUUUUACUUUUUUCUAAAUGUCUCUGACUACUGACUGUUCUAUAAAUAGAUUAUUUUUCCUUUUUUAAUAUACAUAUAUGAAUAUAUAAAUAUAUAUAUUUACUGUUACCAGCAGCAUAUGACAGAGUUUCAACAUCAAAAAUCCAUUUGGGGGCUUGCUUUUUCUUUUUUGCUUUAAAAAAAAAAUCCCAUUCCUUCUUUGUAGUACAAGGAGUUAGCACUCCCUCCUCCAUCCCAGCCUGACCAGAUCUUCCAUUUUGCUUUUGUUCAUAUAGAUAAUUAUAUGUCCUUUGUGUGUUGGGACUUGUCCCUGUCUGUUGGGAAACUUGGUCUCACGCUAGUCUGUGCUGCCUGUUUUUUCUUUUGUGUGUGAAUGUUUGAAACUAUGGUGCUGUGUCCUCUUCUCUCCUGUUGUGUUCUCUGUUCUUAAGGUAUUAGGUAAGCUGUAUGUAAACUCUUAUUAGAAGGGGACUAAUUUUUUUUUAAAGGACAAAAAAAAGACUAAAAAUAGUGUUUUGUCAUCAUUGUCUGGUGUCUUUAUUUUGGUUUAAAAAAAUCUGUGGUUUGACUUAAAUUCAUGAGUUUUCCUUUUAAAGGGGGGAUUGGGGUGGACCUAGCAACAGCUUAUAGUCUCCUCUUCCCUUUUUGCCCCAGUCUCUUUUAAAGAACUGUCUUCUAGUAACUAGAAGUGAAAUGUACUGUCCAGUUACAGUUUGAGUGGGUAUGAGAUUUAACUCAAAAAGAAUCUUACAAAAAAAAGAAACAUGUUUUCUUAUAAAAUCCAAUUUCUGUAAAUGUUUUCUCUGUAGUUCAUACUACCUACUUUUUAUUCAUUCUUUCCUUAAUACUGUAUAACAUUUUGAGUGUUUUGACUUGUUCAGAGGUUUGUUAGUGUUGCUGUGCAUGUGUCUUGAGGUCUCAUCUGAAGUAAGUUUGUGUAUGAUCCAGGAUUUCAGUGGAUAUUGCAAGUUAACUAAUUAACCGAUUUCAUAAGUUUUCCUUUUGCCAAACUAACGAUUAUCAAUUAAGAAUUUCCUCUGGUUGAUGUUAUACGAGAAAGCACAAUAUUUUUUGCCUUUUGAUCUUCUUUGUAAAAGUCUUCAGAUAUUUGUGGGUUAAAAAUUGAAUGUAAUUUUAAGUGACAGAUGCCUGGAAUACAUUUAAAAUUUUUAUUUUUCCAUCCUAAUCACCCAUUAACUAUUCCACUAUCAGUGGAGAGUCAUGAGGAUGCUGAGAAAGUAUGAAUAGCUUCCUGUUACCUUCUGACAUUUUGAAACUUAAAUGUCUUUUCAUUGAUACUGUGGGAUUUUCUGUAAAGUCGUGGAGGAUUUGGUAUGACUUGACUACAGGUUUAGACCAAGGCUGAGAAGAACAGAAGGGAGAAAUUAAUGGCAAAACAAAAAGUACACAAAUCUGUGGUUUUGGAAUUAAUGAAACAAGAUUCAUCUAUUUAAAGAAAUGUUGGUGUUCUAAUACAAAGCAUUAUUUUCACUUAGAGAAAAUUACUUACUUGCUCCCUUCUUCUGUAUUGUAAUAUUUUGUGUUAAGACAUGAUGUAAAAUGUCUUUCUACCCUUCUUAUCUCCUGUAAACUGCAACUGAAGUUGCAAUUCUUCAUCAUUAGUAUUUUAACCUUGGCAAAGGUUAUAGAAAGAAGAAUGGAAAAAUGGUAGGCCUUUGGUAUUCUUAAAAGCUAAGUCAUUAGAACUAUGCAGAUCCCCAAGUUUAAAAGUACGAAUAUAGCACUAGUAGUUAGCUUUCUAGCUGGGGGAGAAGACAGGAGAUUUUCCUUCCACGGAUGUUUAUUUUGCUUCCUGAUAGGUACUGCAGCAAAGCCAUGUUGAUGUGUAGAUGUGUGACUUCCUCACUAAGCUGCUGCACACCAGCUUUGCCUGCAUGAUUCGAAUUUGUGCCUCAGUAAAAUUAUAAAUUAUUGCAUGUCAUGUCUUGAAUAAUUGAAAAGGCAAACAUUAAACCUGUGACUGCCCAUAAUGUCCUUUAAUAAUAAAAAACAUGGCAGCCAGGUGCAGUGGAGUGCACCUGUAGUCAGGAGGCUGAAGUGGGAAGAUGCUUCAACCUGGGAGUUCGAGUCCUGCCUGGUCAACAGCGAGACCCCAUGUCUCUGUCUCUCUCUCUCUCUCUCUUUUUUUUUUUUUUUUUUUUUUUAAAGGACAAAGGCUGACCUGUAAGAUUAGCAUGAUUUUACGUGUGCUUUACUUCUGUUCUUCUCUACUUUUGUCUUUAGCAGGUGUCCAAAAAAUGUCUUUUUGUGUUUCUUAAUUUUUGAAUUCUGGAUGCAAUUCGCGCACGUAAAGAAACUACUUCCUUGUCAGUAUUUUAAUUCUGUAGUACAUGUGUGUGAAUAUCAGCCAGUACUUACAGUAGGAGGAUGAAAAGAAAAACUGAGAAAGCCUGGCUUUCAAAGGAUGGGAUUAUCCACUUUUUAAGGGAGAAAGUGACAGUUUGGAGGGGGAUUUGAGAAGUGUAAAUUGUGGAAAAAUUGAGCUGUUGAAGUCCCACAUAUAACGCCAGAUUUAAUAAAGUUUCACAUGUGAAUUAGCUUCAUAUGUGUGUAGAAGGUUGCUUUUACAGCAGAUCCUUAAGUACUCCUUUUGAAAUUCCUCCUUUUUUUUUUUUUUUUAAGUCAUACCAUUACUAAUUUGGAUAUGAAUGUCCCAAGUGGUAUCUCAUACUGUAGUAUGAAGAAGAAUGGAUGUUAAUGUAUUUUUUGAAUUUUGGUCUUGUCUUGGCCUGGAUCAUAUCCAGUCAUCACUAUGCAACAAAUGAUGUGCACUGGGCGAGGAUAUGAUGGGUUAUGAAAGCUGUACCUUGCUUGUUUUUUCUUUUGCAGUACUCCAAGUGGUCUAAACAGGAAUGUCUAGUAAAACCUCAACACUCCCUAUUGAUUAUUCCCUUACAUAUUUAUUUACAAUUUAUCAGGGUAAUUGGUGGUGCCUUAUGGACAGUAUAACUUGAUUUCUUGAUCUUUGAGCAUGUUUUGUGUUUCUCGUGUUUUCUAAAAGAAUAUUAGAUAUGGUUAAUUGCAUUACAUCUAAAAGAUUUAAAAAACUGUGUGUAUGCUCAGGUUCCCCACACCCACACCCACCCCAACCCCUGUCAUUUACAUUGGUGGCAACUUUAAAUGGUAACCAAGUAAAAGUACAUUUUGAUAAUGAGUAUUGAUAAUCCUGAGGAAAACUAAUGAGUAUAUGGGAGCCACCUUUAACCUGUGCCAAAGCAGUUUCUAAUUUCAUUCGCUCUCUAACUAUAAAAUAAAGAACUGAGCCAAAAUAAUUUGAUCAAUGGUGUGAUUAGCCUAUUAUCAUUGCUGAGAAUAGUGUUUUUGGAGUGUGAAGUGAUUCCUGAAGAUUUCACCUGCCUUCUGUUUCCAGCGAGAAUCCAGUGAUGACCAACACAUUUCCUCACUUUUGGUUCUUGAGAAGUUUAUCCCUUUGCAACAAACCAUUAAUAGGGAAAACAAGGAAAUGGUUUCCCUUUCUCUUUGGCUUCUUAAAGCUCACAACCAAUUCAGACCCCAAGUUACUUCAGAGAAGCAAAUGGCACCUUUUCCCCAUUGCCAAGGAUCCCAGCUUAUGCAGAUACGAAGGACGGAUCAUUUCUGAAAAUGUUAAGACUCUGCUUGCAGUGGACUUGGCCUCAAACAGUUUCAUGAAAUGUGUAACUCUGUAUGUGUAUGUUAGGAGGAGGGUUGGUUGAAAGAGCGGGGGCAGGGAGGGAAAUCUGAUUGCCUCUUGGGAAGUAAUUUUCUUGCCAACAAAAAGAUAACACUUGAAGUUUCUUAAGGUGGCAAGUCCAUUAAAAAAAAAAAAUUGUGUUGGGCCCUCCCAGUUUAGAUCAGGUAUUUCUUGGGGAUCUUGACAUUGUGGUUGAUACCAAUAAAUGGAAGAUCCAGAAUAUUUUCAUUUAAAGCUCAACCAUUAAUUAAUUGGAACAUGGUGAAACAAAAUUUUACACAUUAUAAAAGUAGGGAACAGUACAAAAGAAUGGUACCAAAUACUAUAUUAUGUGAAUAAACGAGUGAUUUUGGAAUUUCACUUUCUUCACCCCUUCUCACUUGUUUGUUCUUUAAAGUGUAUUUCUACUUUGGUAGGAAAAAAGACUUGAUUUAAUAUUUCCUUAAAGUUCCAUGAAGUUUCUUUAUUAGGCAAAGCUUUUCCCUAGCCUUAUCUCUGGAGCGAGGUUGUGUAUCUUGUCAGUGGGGGGGAAGGCACCACAAGAAGAAGCUUUAGAAACGGCUCAGUGGUCUCACCUUGUAUUAAGGAGCCCUUUUGCAGUUGUCAGGUACAUAGGAUGAAAUCAGAAUUUCCUUUAGUUUCAGAAAAGGUUUGCAGAGAGAACACUGGAUUUAGGAAUAAAAUAAUCUGGGUUUUAGCUCUAUGUUUGGCCCCUUAUGUUAGUUGCUUAUCUAUUGUGGACCGUGGUUUCCUACCAUAUGCAAGUUAGUUACAAAGAAACCUAAGUUAUAACCCUCCCCUUGACAGGGUAAGACAGAUGAUUUCUAGGGAUGUUUCUUCCUAAAAAGGUUAUAGAAUUUAAAGACGACAAUAGAGGCUGUAUAGUCCAAAUCCCCAUUUAAUGAGAGAAAAAUUGAUUCGGCACUCCUGAGGACGGAACAUACAGUGUCUGUACUGACUGUCUCUUAGAAAAAUCUAAGUAUUGAUAACUAACAUGUAUUGGAACUUGCCUAUAGACUUCCCUCUGCUGGGGUCUGAAUUUUGCAGCAUUUUCAAGCACUUUCACUUAGGCUCUGGGGCUGGCAUAUCUGCAUCUCUGUUCCAUUCAGUGCUGAACUCCAUGGAGGUAAGGUGAGUGUUAGACACAUUUUGACAAACCUAGGCUAGCUGUUCAGUCAUCUGUGGGCCCCUUCCCUCUGCAAAUUAUGCGGCUCUGUUGAGACCAGUAGGCCACCUGGGCACUGGCAGCUUUAGUCUUUCUGACCUCGCCCUACCAUCCUUUCUAAUUGGGGCUAAACUUCAUUGAGACACAAAACAGCUUAUCACUCAUGUUCUCUUUGGAACGUUGAAUAACAAUUCAAACUCGUCUUGGUCACUUCCCAGGACUUGUUUUAUUAUAGAAACAUCUCAUUCCAGAGUUGAGUUGAAACACUGAGAGACUGGUUUGAUUCACUUUGCUUCUCAUCCCUAUAAUGCAUUGCUGCCAUCUGAAAUAGAAGCCCAUCCAGUCAUCAGGCCUCAAAUUGUUACCUGCUUUCCUCAAUUCAUUUUACCAUUGCUGCUGUCCUUGCCAGUUCUUCGCAUUAUGGAGAUUUUCAUUCCUUAUUCCUUUGUAAAUAUGCUUUUCUGCUUUUUCAUUAACUGGAAAUUGACUCUCCCUCAGCCAUACUUACCUUAGGACUAUUUCAAGUGGGAGUGUUCAUUUUCUCACUUUACUGCUAGGAAAUGGAUGGAUUACAGGGUCUGUUGCCCGUGUGUUCUUGAUUGCCAUUGCUACACCAUUGUUCUUCUAUUUUGAGGCUUCUGCUGUUGAGCUGCACCAUCUGUCCUCCUCACUCAUCUCUGGUUACUCCUCUUCAUUUAUGGAGGGGACUUCGAUGAUAGGCAUCUCUUUCCCCAGUGCUGCCAUCAUUGUGGGCAAUUUCAUUAGUCACGGAUGACCUUAACAAUUGCUGAACCUCCAUCUCCACUAGUCAUUUUUUACUCCAUUUAGCAAACCAAUUUUAAGUUCAUACUUUGGACUCAUCAAAAAUUUAUUUUCUGAAAUGUACAGUCUAAUUUAUUCUAUGAUUUUAAUAUCUUUUCCUUUAAUCUCUUCCUCUCAGUAUACUUACUCUUUGACGUCAAGAAGCCUCCAAUUCCUUAACCAACUGUUUUUUUUUUUUUUUUUCCUUCUUUCCCUGUCUGUCAGUUUACUCUGGCUUUACCGCUUCCCCACUUAGCAUCAACUCUGUGGCCUGUCACUCUGGCUCUGCAGAACCUUAUCCGUGGAUCAGUUUGGCCAUCUGACUACUUUGCUUUCAUGGGCUGCUGCAUGCUACUGAGUAUAUACCAUUGCUUGGUAGCACCACAGAUUGACUCAAGUAGGCAGGCUCGAAGCAGUUCAGCAGCCCUGGCCGUCCAGCAACCUCUUCCAUUCUUAAAGACUAUUUCAGAUUUUCACCUCUUGUCAAAUACUCAGCUUGUCACCUCUGCUGCCUCAGCAGAAGCCUACCCUCCUAACGGGUAAGUUGAAGCUAACAGGAGAGCUUCUAAGCUUCUUCCUUAGUUAUGUAUAUCAUCCUCAUCUGUCCCAGAAGAGGUGUCUGUCCUCUGGUCAACACUGUGAAAGUAUAGGUGAAUGAGCAGAUCAGUGAAUCCUAUCCCAUUGUAACUCCUUAGAGACCUUGUUCUAUCAGUCAGCCCUUUAUCUUCAGUAUCUCUCAUUUAGCAUGUAAUUUCAAGCUCUGUAUUAAAUAGGAGUGCUCAACUCCUAUAUAUUUUCCCUUGAACCUGUCUCUGUUUCCUGUUCUUUUUUUCUUCUUUGUAGCCAAACCUUACCUCUUCUCUGUAUUUAGGUUUCAAUCACUCCUCAGCCAGUUGUAAUCUGGAUUCUACCCUCAUUUCACUGAAAGUUCCCCUACUGAAGUCAGUGAACUCCAUAUUGCUAGAAGUCAUUUGUAUUUGACCUCUCUUCAGUAUGACAUUGUUGUCCACUUCCUUUUAAAAACUCCUCCAUUGGAUUCUUGGCCACUACCGUUUCCUAAUUUUUCUUCUCUUUAGCUGCUCUUUAAUCAGCCUCUAAUAUUUACCCCUUGAAAUGGUGUAAUUGGGGGUUCUUCUCUAUAUAACAUAGGUGCCCCAGUCCACUCCCAAUUACUUUUAUUCAAAUGAAUAAAAGUAUCACUUGCCCAUGAUUUGUUUCUGAGCUCUUUAGUCAACUGUCUGUUAAACAUUUCCACUUGUAUUUUUUUUUUUAACCUAUUAAGUGUUAUUUCAGUAGGUUUUUGGGGGACGUCGUGUUUGGUUACCCGGAUGAGUUAAUUUAGUGGUGAUUUCUGAGAUUUUGGUGCACCCAUUACCUAAGAAGUGUACACUGCAUUCAAUGUGUAGUCUUUUAUCUCUCACCCCUUUUCACCCUUCACCCCAAGUCACCAGAGUCCGUUGUAUUAGUCUUAUUUUCAUCACCAUGGGCAUACCCUGUGGGAUGUUAAAUGUACUCUAGACUCUGUUGGCUAUUUCUCUGGAGUUAGACCUCUGGAGACUUCUCAGAUAGCUCAGAGGUCUCUGGUCUUGCCCUGAAAUUACUGGUUUCUCAGGGAGAUGCUGGAGAUGGCGGAGGCUCCUCACUCUUUGGGUCCUCCUGUGGUUCAUUUUGAUUGAGUUGCUCAUUCAGCUGGUCGCAGUGGCCAGAUAGUGUGGCCUGCUCACUUUUUCAGGUUCUCUUGAGGCAGUGGUCUUUUUUGUAGAGGCUUUUUUUUUUUUUUCUGGAGCUCCUUUGGAGGGCUCCCCUCCCUUUUGAGGUUGCCUUGGGAACCUUGAUAGUGCUUCUGGACUUAGGUUGAGACAGGGCCUUGCUCUUCAUUACCUCUUGGGUACUGGUGGGUAGGUGGUCGACAGCUAGGCUGGAGGCUCAUGGUUUCCUGGUUAUUUUCGCCAGCAUCUCUCAACAGUCUCAGCUCGCUCAUUCUUAAGAUGUCAGCUUAAAUGCUAUCUCUUUAGAGGCCCCCAUGUUCUCUCUUGCAAUGGCCUGUUCUAUUCCAUUAGGGGACUUUACCAUAUAUGGCGUAUUUGUGUAAAAGUUCCAUGAGAGCAGAGGUUUUGUUUCCUUUAUCUCUCCAUACACAGCAACUAGAACAAUACAAUGCAUAGAGUAAACAUUCAACAGAUAACCUGAAGGAAUGCUGUUUCAUGCCUUUGUUCCUUCCUAUACAUUAUUGCUCCCCUAAUAUUCUCUGUGUUUGGACUGCCAUAACCUCAUCUACCUUUUCUGCUUACUACCUUCUCAUUCUUCAGAAUUCAGCUCAUCCCCAAAUUCCUCUGAGAAGUCCUUCAGGUUACUCCUCUCCAUCUAAUCUGAAUAAGAUAUCCUUUCUUGGAGCUCUAAUAGCGUUUAGACUAGACACUGGUCCUCAGAGUGAGGUUUCUGCAUGGACGGCAUCACCAUCAUGUGGGAAUUCAUUAGAAAUGCAAAUUAUGAGGCCCUACCCUAGACCUCCUGAAACAGAAACUCUGGGAAUGGGGCCAACAACCUCCGUUUUAACAAGACCUGCAGGUGACUGUGAUGAACGCAAAGUUUGAGGACCACUAGAAUAUAGUCACUGUAGAAUAUAUCUCCAGGAUCUGACACAACGCCUAGAACAGGAUUAUUGUGAAGAUCUUCCUUACAAAGACCUGAAAUCUAUCUCAUCAAUCCUGGUUGAGAAUAUGAAAAACUAGUUCAGUUGCAUCUCAGGCAGCCUUACAACAUUUGAGGAUAGCGAUUAUCUCUACAUCUCCACCUCUCAUCCCUAACUCCUCUGGUUUAAUAUCUUUUUUUUUCUUAUGUGCUAUAACUUUGAAUCCCUUCACUUCCCUCCUUGGGCUUAUCUGGACAAUUCCAACUUCAUAUCCAUCUUAAAUAUAUAUUCAAAAUAUCCUUUUAGCUUUUAACCUACAAUUCUGAAAGGUGGAACUAUACAUGUCUAUAAUCACCCCAGCAAGACAGAGUUCACAAUGAACAUAGUUAGAAUUCCAUUUGUACAGUUGGAGGUGUUCCCAGGUGGGUGGAUUGCUUGAGGUCAGGAGUUCAAGACCAGCCUGCCCAACAUGGCGAAACCCCAGCUCUACAAAAAUACAAAAUUCAGCCAGGCAUGGUGGCACAUGCCUGUAAUCCUAGCUACCCGGGAGGCUGAGGCAUGAGAAUCAAUUGAACCCGGUAGAGGCAGAGGUUGCAGUGAGCCAACAUUGCGCCACUGCCCUCCAGCCUGGGUGACAGAGGGAGACUCUGCCUCAAAAGUAAACCAUACCUGUUGCUCCCAUCCUAGACCAAUCUAAUUGCAAGUAUCUCACAGGGAGCCCAAGUGUCAAUGUUUUUUUGAACAGCUUUAUGGAGGUAUAAUCUACAUACCAUAAAAUCCACUUAUUUUAAUGUGUGAUUUUAGUAAAUUUAAAGAAUUGUGCAACCCUUACCACAUCAUGCAAACUUCAGAAUGUUUCCAUCACCCAAAAAGAAACUUCAUGUCUAUUUAGUCAUUCCGUGUUUCUACUCCCAGCUCUAGGUGGCCAUUAAUCUGAGUAUCUCUAGAUUUGCGUUUUCUAGACCGAAACAUCAGGAUUUUGUUUUUCUGCAGCCAGAGUUGAGAACCAUAGUUCUAAAUGCAUUAUGAGAAAUAAUGAUUUUUAAGGAUUAUGUAUAAUAAGUAUAUUUUACAUAUUUUCAUAUUUAUGACUCCCAUCCAUACAGUGAAUGCAUCUAUCACCAGUAAGGCAAAGAUCAUUAAUUUGAUAAUGGAACUUAACAGACCAUUCUUUCCUUUUAUACAUUUUAGUAUCAUAUUCAAAAUGGCCUCCCAUUCUCUCCCCAGGUUAUUUUGAAACAUCUCCAGUCUGCUUUUUUCCCCUUUAGCUCAUAAAUGAGUAGUGCUGGAAGAUACCUCAGGAGCAUUCUCCCUGAGAUGAUGUCUUCAGUAAUGAUUGCACGUGUUGGUGUUGAUUCCAUCCUUGAAGUUACUUUCCUUUAUCUUUCACAUUGGUGUUUCUUCACUAGAGGUUUUGCUUUCUGAUUAACUUCUCUGCCAAAUAAAUGGACUUUUGCUUCAUAGGUACACAAACAUUUCUAAAACUUUUUUUGGAAAAUAGAUUUCUUUCUUAAAAAAACAAAUAGUGCAUGCACGUUAAAAAAAAAAAAGAAAUAAGAAAUAGUCUACCCCAAAAUGACCAGUUAAGAUUUACUUUCAGACAACUCUGUGCAUAUUUACAUAUGCUUAUAUACAACUAUGGACACCUUUGCGUAAAUGAGGUCACACUCUAUGUACUGCUUUGUAACUUGCUUUUUCACUUAAUCCUGAGAACAUUUGUACAUGACCAUAGAUAUAGAUUUGUAUUGUUUUUAAUGGCUGUAUAGUUUUGCAUUAUACUCAAUGAUGUUUAAGAGCUAUGUAUAUUGAGGACAUUAUUUCUUUGUCUUGUGUUGCAAAUUUUUGACCAUAUUGUUAUUAGUCUUUUAACCUUAAUUUAUGGUUUUUUUGUUAUAAAAGUUAAGUUUUAUGAUGUAAACUUAAUCCCUUUGAUUUUAUAAUUCCUGGUUUUCCCGAUGUGCUUAGAAUGACCUUCCCCACUACAAGGUAAUAAAAAUACCUCCAUGAUUUUGCUUAAAACUUUUAUGCUUUAUAUUAAAUCUUUGUUACAUCUUGAA